UCAUUAUUAUUACUUCUCUUUAUUAUUAACUAGAAUUAUUUUAUUAACAGUCUUUCACUAAAAUUUAUUAUGAAUAUCUUUUUUAAGUAAUGUACAUAUACAUAAUACUUAAAAGAACAUUGUUGCUCUAAAUAUUUAUAUAUUCAAUAAAAGCACAUUAGUUUCCGGUUGACAAAAUCAACAAAAUAUUAUAAUCAGCGAAAAUAACAAUUAAUUUCAUAAAAACGAAACCGCAUUGAUCUUAAACACUCAUGUUAUAUGAAUGUGACAACAAAAGAAUGCAUCGCUGAACACACUAAAGUUGAAGAAUACAUUGAAAUAAAAGACAGUUUGUACGGAAAAUUUUUAAUAUAAAUCGAUGUUCUUGUUUCUUAUCAACUGUUUUUGUUUGCUAUCGACUAUCAUUUGAUGACAACGUUUUUCGAAUAUUAAAAUUUGCAAUGCUUAAAAAUUGGAAGGGACAGAGGCGCAUAGGCCGCGUCACAUACAAACAACAGGAACUCAUUAUCGAAGCUUUGGAGAAAAAUCCAAUUUUAUUGUCAAAAAAAUGUACACCGCAAUUUACCAAAGAACAAUAUAAUAAAACAUGGGCAAAUUUAACGAAAAUUCUUAAUGCAGCAAACUACCAACUAAAUGCUAAAACGUGCGACAAGUGGAAAAAGGUUCUAUCUUCGUGGUUAAGAAAGAUUACAAAAUAUGAUUUGGAAACAGCUAAAAUCAGUUUAUUAGAUGAGAGGCUUCUGACAAUUAAAAAUAAUUUUCUAAAAUCUGAUAAAAACCUUGAUAAAAGAGAAAAUAAAAGGUCAGACAAAACAAGUGAAUCUUUCAACAUUUCAUCAAAUGAAGAUGUAGAUUUUGACUCUGAUACUUCGUCAAUAAGCGAAACAGAACCACUUCCUAAAAAACAAAAACGUGCAAAUCGGGUUACUUGUGAGCAACAACAACGAUUAUUAGAGUAUAUUGAAGAAAACAAAACACUUUUAACUAAAAAGUUUACUAGGCAUCUAUCAAGAGAAUUGUAUAAUCGAGAAUGGAAGGAGAUUGCUAUGGAAUUAAAUAAAUUGAACAAUGGAAGAAGUACCAAGACUGUGGCACAAUGGCAGAGGGUUUUGUCAUCCUGGGUAUCAAAAACUAAAACUAAGUUAACUGAUAUAAAACGCUGCAAAAGAACUACGGGAAGGGGAAACUUCACUCAAGGAAACGUAAGCCUCACUGAGCUAGAAGAUCGGCUAUUAGCCGUGAAAGGAAUGACGAGUGUACAAGGAGAUGGCAAAACCAAAGAGAUUGGUCUGUCCGAAUCUGACGCGAGUGAUGAUGUAUAUAUACCUAUUUCUGAAUUGGAAGAUAAUGAUUUGAUGGAAAUCUCACCAAACAACACAGAAAUCACCACUAACCAAAAACUUGUUGGAGAUAAAAAGCAGAAAUUAUUAAUUUGCAAAACACUACCAUAUCGUGAGAAGGAUAUUUUAACUUCCGUAGAUAACAUAAGAAUGUCCUCAAUGUCUUCAAUCCAAGAAGUGAGUAAAGAGAUGAACGAGAAAUCAAACUUUAUCUUGAAACAGAUUUUAGAUACUGUGACAAAAUUAUUAUUAGUUGCGACAGAAAUACUUAAACUGCUGAAGAAAAUCAUUUCUAACUAGAAUAAAAAAUCUCCUUAUUAAUUAACUGUUACCUAUUCGACGAUUUAAUUGUAUUAACAUAGCUUGAAACAUGACUUCACAUAUUUUUGUUGUUUAAGAACUUAAAUUUUUAAAAAACAUAUCAUUUUCCAAAUAUUUAUUAAAUAUGUUAAGCUGAAAGUUUUUGAAAAUUCAUAAAAUUAUACAACCAUUUUAGAUAUUUCAAACAAAAUGCAGUACUUAAUUGAUCUAUAAAAGUGUUGUAUCUUUUUCCUUUAAAUAUCGAA